AAAUAGUCAAACGCAACGCGGAGUCAGUGUGACAAAGUGCGUCGUGCGCAGCGGCAGCGUUUUCCUUUCCUUUCCCCUCACAGAAAAAAAAUAACCCAAGAAAAUCGAAUACGAUCUGUAUCUGUGUGCGUGCGGGCAGUGAAAAUUACAGAUACAUCUGCGAGUGUGCAACCGUAGCCACAUGUGUGUUCGUUGGCAGGAAAACCAUGCAUUUACAGUGAAGUUUUAAAUAACGAAAUUCGGAACGAAAAACAAUCCAUUUAACUGGAAAAAAAAAUAAUUAAAUAAUUACAAAAAAGGGAGACAGCAUGGAAAAUGUACAACUGGAAAACGGCUUGGAAAGGAGGACCAGUCAGAGCUCGACUUCAUCAGCGAAUCCUCCAAAUCCUGCGACUCCUGCCGAGGAAUGCGGCUGUGUGCGCCUGGGCAAAUGCAAAUGGUUCAACGUGGCAAAAGGUUGGGGCUUCCUCACUCCCAACGACGGCGGCCAGGAGGUGUUCGUCCAUCAGAGCGUCAUCAAGAUGUCCGGAUUCCGUUCGCUGGGCGAGCAGGAGGAGGUGGAGUUCGAGUGCCAGCGCACGUCCCGCGGACUGGAGGCCACCAGGGUGUCGGGGAAGCAGGGCGAGAGUUGCCACGGCAGCACCUACAGGCCACGCAUAAAUCGCAGGACUCGCCGCAUGCGCUGCUACAACUGCGGCGAAUUCGCCAACCACAUUGCCUCCGAAUGCGCUUUGGGUCCUCAGCCGAAGCGCUGUCAUCGCUGCCGGGGUGAAGACCACCUCCAUGCCGACUGCCCGCACCGCAGUGUGAACCAAACCCACAGCGACAACAGCAGCAGCAGUGGAACGCAGGAGAAGAGAGAGGAGGCCACCUAGGAAACCGGAGGGGAUCCGUGGACAAAGGAUUGGUAGUUGGAAGUUACAAACUUCUUUGACAAGUACAAAAUGGAAAUCUAAAAACACAUGCAUCAAAUCAAAGAAACCCACGUACAACAAAACUAGCUACUACUCUUAGAUAUUAGAGGGGGAAAAAAGAAAAAUACACCCCCAAAAAAACCACCCUAGGCUAAGUUUAUCCUUUAAUUUUAUACAACCUAUAAAAUAAGACUUUUGACUAGAGUACAAGUAAAUGAAUUAAGCUAGA